AUGCAGUUUUUUCAAAAUCUCACCGCUCUUCUAAGCCUGAUUACGCUAUCACCGAUCGACCAAGAAUACGCUGAACUUGUAAAAGAUAUCUGCUUAGCUACAGCCGCUGAACACGAAAUUCGCACUUUCAUCUACACUUGUGGCGACGACGAGAGCUCCGAUCAUCAUUUGGCGCCGGUAAUCUUACAAAAACUGCAGACUAAAAAUCCAAUACCACUGCUCAACGUCGAUGCACUUGCACCCGUUGAACUUUACAAAGACAAAUUCAAUCAUAAUUUACUCAGCAUUGUGCAGCUCAGUCAAAAUCCAUCAAGCAAUGAGAAAGUUUUGCGCACUUUAUGGCAGCGAUUGCACCUGAAUGUACAAAGUGAUCUUGUAUUGCUUUUCGAUGAUAAAGCAAGCGAUGAAUAUGUGGCAGAAAUACUUCAACUCUGUGCUGAAAAUCGUGCCAUAAAUGUCAUUGCUUUGCAGCCACAAAUGGCAGUGAAUGAACGCAGCUACUGGACAAUGAAACUAUUUCCCGUACAGCGAACUAUCAAACUGACUUUUCCAGCAUUCUAUCGAGCCAUGUUCCCGAAACAUAUGGAAAAUAUGUAUGGCCAUGAGUUUCGUGUUUUCGGUAAUAUAUGGAUUCCACGGUUUUACGACUACAAACCGAAACGCGGGCCAGCCACAAUAAGUGGUUUCAUGGGCAGAGCUUUAGCGGAGUACGUGAAGCGCCACAAUGGCACUAUUGUUUAUUCACUCACUAAUGAGUACAAUCUUUCGCCGAGCCAAUUCGUUUCUAGAAUGAAAAAUAGAACUACUGUCGUAGGCAAACUUGUUGGCAUGCAGUUUCCGCAUGAUGAUGUGGUUUUAACAAAUACCAUACAUAUCAUGGAUACAUGCCUAAUGAUACCGUUGGAAGAGGGUCUUCCUAAACUAACAUUCUACUAUGCCAUUUUAAACAAAACCGUUUUAAUUUCAUUCUUCUUCAGUUUUGUAUUCAUUUCUUUUGUUUGCGCUCUAAUAACUCGUCUAAAAACCGGACAGCAAGUGCCGCUCAUUGAAUACUUUGUGAAAUUCUCAGUGCUCCAAGGCCUGUUCGGCAUGCCAUUUUGCACUUCACGCAUUCACAGAACCAUCGCAAUUACCAUUUCAUUUGCGGGUAUCAUUAUAGGCACCGCCUACGGCACUUACCUGCAGAGCUUUACUGUGAACGCACCAAUUGCCUCACCAAUAAAAACCAUUGAUGAUAUAUUCAAACGUGGACUGAAGAUACCUAUUUUUGCCCCUUGGAUAAAAAGUGUGAAGACCAUACCAGAAUUUGAGAGCUACACAGGAAAUUUUACUCUUUUCAACAAUCUCUCCGAAAUAUUAUCAUUGCGAGACAAAUUUGAUACGCACUAUGCAUUUCCGGUCGAAAAUAUGUGGCUUAUAUAUAAUGAGGCACAGAAGUAUUUUUCAAAACCGUUGUUUCGCCUCUCCGACAUCUGUUUAUGGAAUAAGAUGCCAAUGGCAUUGCCACUGCCUGAAAACUCAGAAUAUCUUGCUAGUUUAGAUAUAUUUCUGGCACGACUGCAUGCUGCGGGAUUGAUAAACCACUGGUUAAAGCAUACUAUAAUAGAGUUGUUGGAGAUGGACUUGAUUUAUUUUGAAGAUCGCAAUAAGCAGCCGGAAUUCGUCCCACUGAAAUUGCAAGACCUGCGAAUGGUACUCAUAGCAAUGGGUGUUUUAGAAGCGUUAAGCGUAAUUUGUUUUUUGCUCGAGGUAUUUUGGGUAAAACUAAGCAAACUAGGCAAUCUGAUCAAAAAAUUAAUACGAAAGUUAAAGACUAUUAAAAAGUAA